AUGCCGAGUGUGCACACUAAGGAGACACAUUUGGAGAUCAUUGCACAGGUGGAAAACACCAGAAUAUCACGCAGCAUAGUCAGAGAGUCCUCAGGUGAAAUCAGAGCUUGCCUUUUGAGACAUGACAACAUCAAGGCACACUUAGAUUUCAAUGCAAUGGCUGCAGGAAUCUUAGAUUUGGGGAUUAUCUUCCUUGCUCAGACGGGGAUUGGGAUCUUGGGAAACUCUUCUCUGUUUUGUUUUUACAGCUUCUGUCUGCUCACUGGAUAUAAGUUGAGACACACAGACAUCAUUCUCAACCAACUGGUCUUAGCCAACUCAUUAGUCCUGCUCUCCAAAGGGAUAUCUCAAACAGUCGUGGCUUUUGGGUGGAAGUAUUUCCUGGACAGUGCUGGGUGUAAACUUGUCUUUUACUUUUACAGAGUGGGCACUGGACUGUCCUUCUGCACUGUCUGCCUUCUCAAUGGCUUCCAGGCCGUUAAGCUCAACCCCAGCAUUUGUAGGUGGAUGGAGCUCAAGCUUCAAUCCCAAGGGUUCAUUGGCUUCUGCUGUUUCCUAUGCUGGAUUCCGAAUCUCUCAGUAAAUUCAUAUAUUGCUAUGAUAGUGAGGGGUCCAUUGAGUUGCAGAAAUGCGAGUGUGAGAACCAGCUGUGGACAGUGCUCCUGGGCAAUGUCAGAGAGACAUAGCUUGCUAUAUGCACUCUUAUAUUUUUCCCUUGACUUUAUCAGUGUAGGCUUCAUGAUAAUGGCCAGUGGCUCCAUGGUCCUGGCCCUGCACAGGCACAGGCAGCGCGUCCAGCACAUCCGCAGCCACAGCCUCUCCCCGAGACCUUCCCAUGAGGCCAGAGCCACACGCACCAUCCUGGUCCUGGUGAGCUCCUUCGCUACCUUGUAUUCAGUCUAUAUUACUCUGACAAUCUGGACGACUCUAGUUUCAAAUCGCGGCCAGUGGUUAGUGAACAGCUCUGUGUUUGUGACCUCAUGCUUCCCGGCGUUCAGCCCCUUUGUGCUCAUGGUCAGCGACUCCAGGCUCUCUCUGCUCUUCACUGCUUGCAGGGAGAGGUCGACUUGUUCUUCCUCAGUAGUUCAAGUUGUGUGA